GAUGCAGCGGCUGCUAGAUUUGACAUUCGGAAUGCUGCAACUGGAGAAGAGACUUGCGUUCUUCGCAAGGAAGUGAAAAAACCUAAUUACUCACGCGAUUCGCUGUGUUGAAUUUUAUAGACUCGUUAAAUAUCAACACAAGAAAACAUGUUGGUCUACCCAUCAGCAACCACUUUGGUUGUUUCUGUGUUUGUGGUUUAUAUUCUCCAUUGUGUGUGGGUCUUGUCGACUCUGUUCGUACCACCAGAAUGCAAUGACACAGAACCAUGCCUUCGAUCAUCUCUUCUGAGCAGGAACAAAUUAAUGAUUGUUGGCUUCCUGACUGACAAAAAUCUGCGUCUUUAUCCACAACAAGAGCCAAUUUGGAAAGAAGACCUCCAAUUUGACAAACCUGCUGAGUGGACCAGAUCCAUAAAACUUCCGGGCCAUGUUAAAAAGAAUGGAACCCUAUACCUAGCUGUUUUCGUGCUUCCACAAAAGUCAAACCACAUCACUGGAGGAGUCAUAAUGAAUGAAGAUGAGAAGAGCUUGACUCGAAUCAAGCUAACUCAAUUUCAUGUACCAGCCCCUGAAACCUACAACCUUCUUGGCUCAGAGGCAAAAGAAAAUAUUUCAGAAGGAAGGAAAGGCUCUGAAACUACCCAGCAGAAAUCUAAAGUUAAUCAUAUAAAGCGUAAAAUUGCUGUCAAUAUGAUGGCUACUCAUGUCAACCUGCCCAAGUUCAGUCUGCCUCCAGAAAUGCGGCACAUGUUUUCGAUAAACUCUCGACUUCAGUACUUGCCACCUCUCCAGCAUAAUUUCAUGGCUACCCGCCUUAAGGAUUUAAAAGAAAUCAAGCCUGAUUUGGAUAGUGUUGAUAUAACACUGGCAUAUUCACCUACUUCAUUUGGAAAAAUGAGGUUUUUACUUCACAUGGAGACUUCUAUGAUGUCACUGAAGACCAUGGGGUUCUCAGACAAAGACCUAGAUGAUAUCAAGGGUAUUUUUGAGGACACAAACAUGUAUCUUUUGUUGGUUACUGUAGUUGUAGCCUCUGCUCAUCUUGUUCUGGACUUCUUGGCAUUGAGACAUGAUAUUAACUACUGGAAAACAAGAACUGACUUGAGUGGUGUGUCUGGACGCUCUGUGCUAUGGCGAGCAUUCAGCCAAAGUGUUGUCUUUCUGUAUUUGCUGGAUGAGAAAACAUCCUUGCUCGUUCUUGUGCCAUCUGGCUUAAACACAUUACUUGAGAUGUGGAAAGUGAAGAAGGUGGUAGACAUUGUGCGGCAACCAACAAGGUGGGGCUUUCCACUGUACUCCGUACAGUUGAAGCGGUCUUCACAAGGGGAGCAGCUUACUCAAAAACUGGAUGCUCAAGCCAUGAAGUACCUCAUGUACUUGCUGUAUCCCUUAUGUGUAGUUGGGGCAAUUUAUUCUCUCAUCUACGAGCCUCACAGAGGAUGGUAUUCUUGGACUGUUCAUAGUAUGGUGAAUGGUGUUUAUGCAUUUGGAUUCCUUUUCAUGCUACCACAGCUGUUUAUAAACUAUCAUUUGAAAUCAGUGGCUCACAUCCCAUGGCGUUCCUUCAUGUACAAAGCCAUCAACACUUUCAUUGAUGACAUCUUUGCUUUCAUAAUUACAAUGCCUAUGUCCCAUCGUGUUGCGUGCUUCCGAGAUGAUGUUGUAUUUAUUAUUUACCUGUAUCAACGCUGGUUGUACCCUGUUGACUCAUCUCGCAUUGAAGAAGGUAGUGUGGGAGAAAGAAAUCAACAGAGUCAAUCGAUUAUUAAUGAAACUGGGCAGGAGCGCAAUGCUGUGGAGAAACAAGAACAAAAUGGGGACAAGCCUGGUAAGUCAGGGGGUCCCUCUAAUGAGCAAACCAAGAAAACAGCCAAUGACAGAUCCAAAUCUACCAAGAGCAAAAAGAAUGACUGAAAGUGGCUUUCAGACCUCUUUUUAUGCAUGCAGGCUGUGUAAGAUCUCAAUGAAAUGUGACUUCCUUAUUUAAGUACAGGUUUUGGGUCGGAAUUCGACCUCAUACUAGAGAGAGUACCCUAAGGGAUUAUUUGGUUUAUUGUUAUUACUGUUUUGUUUCUGUGCAAAGUAUGUUUUGUGUGAGACAACACUGUAUUAGAUUAGAGGUGAUAAUAUGUAUUGAUUAUUCCUAGUGGGCCGCCUUCAUCUUCCAUGGAGCACUGAGUGUGUAUCCUGAUGUGUUCAGCAUCUCUAUAGUGCUAUUCCAAUGUGCAAUGGUUUGUGACAUUCUGGGUCAUUUUACUUUGAAGCACUGUGUUCGUUCUUGUGAUACCAGUAGGGUGUCUUUUUUAUGACACAUACCUAAGUUUCAAAUAUUUAUUUGAAUAUUAAGUUAAAUUUUUUUUUAAAGUUUACACUUUUGUAUUGAUUGCAUUCCAAAUGUCUACCUUUGGGUUUUAGGUAAUGAAAUGUUUUAUGAAGUGUAUUAGUUCUCUUGUUGCUCUAAUAAUUGUUGGUUGUUUACUGUGUAUUUAUAAAAAUUUACCUUAAAAUUGUUAACUUAAUGCUUUGAUUUAUUAGAAAAUUACCAUCAAUCUAUUUAAAAGUACAUUUGUACUGUUUGCAUUGACUUGUACUAGAAAAGUUUCCUCUGUUGCUGUUUCUUGCAUUGACUCUAUUUAUGAUUGUUCAAGUUAAAGAGUGAUGACAUGAUAUUUUAAAUGUUUGGAGACUUGCUGAGUUAUGUAUCAAAGUGUUGCAUAAUUUAUUAUACUUUGCCACAAAACCACAGUUUGUGGGUAUCUGUUAAAUUCUUUUUGUGCCCACCGAAAUUUUUUAUUUGACUUGUGAUUUUAUCAAUCUGUUUUUAAUGUUAUUAAUUUGUUGAGCUGUUUCAGUUAUAAUUGUUCUAGUUUUGAUUUUCUAUUGUUUAAUGGAAGUUGAGAAUAGUAUUAAUGUUCAGAAAUCUAUGACAUAAAAUGUACAAAUCAGGUUAAAAUUCUUCAGCAUUCAAAAUUUUAAUAAAAAACCCUUAGUUUGCA